AUGUUCUAUGUCCAGCACAGAGUAGGCGCACAAGCGAAUGUCCUAGUCUCGGCGCACUACGCCCCUACCACGUCCACCUGCCAUGACCACUUGUCGAAAGAGGCCGUCUACUCGGCCAUCCGAUCAAUUAUCACAGUUUACCCAGAACUCAGCCUCAUUGGGGUUCCUGAACUGUUAACAGAAACGGGGCACCAUGCCCUCCUUCUCGCAGCACUACACGAGAUUGAUCUUGGAACAUGUGUCGAGUUCCUAGAUGAUGAGGCGCCCGUGGCCAGGCCAGAAGUCAUCGAGCGUCUCCACAACCACUGGGACUGGACCGAUGAGCAAUUCAAUCCUCGAAAGCCGUGGUGGAGGGUGGUUAUCCUUGGCAGGCGGGAGGUGGUUUUCAUCUUUCACCACCUCAUCUGCGAUGGUCGCUUCGGUUACAUUUUCCACCGCCAAUUUCUCACCGCAAUCAAUUCAUUCAACGAACAAAACAAGCCCUGUUCACGCAUCAUCAAGAUAGACCCUGAGCGGGUUAAAUUGAGCAGAGAGAUGGAGGAAUUUUGGAAUGGCAGCACAUCCGUGUUGCGGUUAAUUCACAUCUCCUUUAUGUUUCUUCUCCUUCGACUCUUCUUUGGAAGGAGACUUCUCUUUACCGGCCUGCCCAAGCCGAAAUCACACGCAAAGUCCGCCAUAGCCGACGCCGGCCCUGAGCACCGCACUAAGACGCGUAUCGCCACCCUCCGCAUCACCGCCUCCAGGAUGCGCCGUAUUCUUGCCGUCUGUCGUGAACACAAUACGACCUUUACGCCCCUCAUUAUCGUCAUCACUCUGUGCACUCUUGCCUGCGAUUAUUAUCCUAAAGCUAAGAUAGGCAUCUCAAAUUGUGCCCUCGACAUGCGGUCGCUCUAUCCUUGUGGGAUGGAGUCUAUAACAUCUGGCAAGUUCCUUCAACACAGUAGCGGUACCAGCAAGUUCACCUGGUUGGACAGGUAUCGUCGCGUCUUUCACCCAAGGCCGAGCGAUAAGGCACAUAGCAAGGCAGGCGGCAAGAUAACCAAUGUGGAUGUUGACGGGGCCUGGGAGUUGGUCCGAGAAUACCGUGUUUCCAUAAAUAAGGCGUUUGAGGGGAACCAACCACCGUUAGUCGUACCGUUCCGUGCUGCCAAUGCAGUCUCAGAUGAUCUAGAUGGCAUGUUGAGCUCUAACUUCCCGGCUUUGGGUCUUCAUCUGAAUAAUUCCAUCCAGGUCUCAAACCUUGGUGCCUUCUCAACCGGGGACCAGGGCGGGCGCUGGAAGAUUGAAGAUAUAAGUUUCUCAGCUUCUGCUGUCAAUGGUAACAUUAGCUAUAACAUUGCGUUUAAUGUGGCCGGCGUGGAGGGGGGCGAUACGGUUAUUUGUGCGUCUUAUGAGGACGGAAUCCUAGAAAAAGAAAUGGUAUCUGGGAUUUUAGAGGCGGCCUUAGAAAAGAUAGAAGCUAUCAUAUAG